AUGUGCGGCAGAUAUUCGCUCGGGCUGCCGCACGCAGACAUCCAGGAGAUGCACGGCUACAACGUCCACGUCGGUGAAUGGGUAGGCCAGGAUCAGUUCCAGCCGAGGCAUAACAUUGCGCCGCGCUCUCAGGCCCCAGUGCUCCGCAGACGUGAGCCAGGCGAGGACAGCUCGCCGGACGACCUCGUCCUCCAGACCAUGCGCUGGGGUCUUGUGCCGCACUGGAGCAAGCACGAAGACAAGACACUAAACACGACAAACGCGCGGAGGGAAAACCUGGUGGAAGGCGGAGGUAUGUGGCAGAGCAUCAAGGGCAAGAGACGCUGUGCCGUCGUCUGUGAGGGCUACUACGAAUGGCUGAAGAAGGGGAAGGAGCGCCUGCCCCACUUCACGAAGCGCAAGGACGGGAAACUCAUGCUCCUCGCAGGCCUGUAUGACCGUGUGCAACUUGAAGGGGAGAGCGAGUCUCUCUGGACAUUUACGAUCGUGACGACCGACGCGAAUAAAGACUUCCAAUGGCUGCACGACCGCCAGCCAGUCAUCCUGUCGUCCAUGGAGGCACUCACCCAGUGGCUCGACACGUCCCCGCAGAAGUGGACGUCUGAGCUCACGAAACUAGUCGAGCCGUAUCACGACGCCGAAGCUCCUCUGGCAUGUUACCGAGUCCCAAAGGAAGUCGGCAAAGUCGGGACGGAAUCGCCGACGUUCAUACAGCCCAUCGCCGAUCGGAAAGACGGCAUCCAAGCCAUGUUCGCGAAGCAGGCUGCAUCCACAUCCUCGCAGCCGACUAAGGCCACCAAGCGGAAGCGAAGUACAUCACCCCCACGGCCCUCUUCGUCGACGGACCAAACCAAGCGCGAGCCUUCGGUGGACACGAGGCCAUCGGCGAAUAAGCUGAACACAUGGGAGGAUGACUCCGAGAUCGGAUACGUCGACGGCCCCAGUCCUACACCAGACAAGAAGUCGAAAGUGAAGCAAGAGGCAGAUGACAAACACACACCACCGUCCACACCGUCAAAGCGCGCGCGCACCACAGCAAAGUCACCCAAGGUCGCGAUGUCCAGAAAGCAGCAGGGAAAACCGACUGAUCCAUCCUCCAAAAUCACCGCGUUUUUCGGGAAGACAUGA